UCAGAACUGAGAAAGAAGGCACUCAAUGCCACUGACUGCAUAACCUGCCCCCACUUUCUUGCACCUGCGCCUCCAAUCAGGCCCCUCCUUCACUGCCUUCCUUGCCUUCCGCGGCCAGUCAGUCACCAAGCACCCAGGAAGGCACCACCACCCAACUUGGCUCCAGGUCCUUCCUUCCCGCCUUCAGACAGGCCGCAUCUCUCUGACACCUUGGUUGCCUUUCGGUAUUUAAGCCACUUCACCUCUUCAUUCUUCUCCCCUCCUCUUCUUCCCCAUCACAUCUUCUACACACUACUUUCGCUCGACGAACCUCCCAUCAGCGAUCACUCGAUUACGAGCAACUACAUUCAGUAAUACCAAAGAGCAACACCACACAUCAGAUUCAUCGAAGUCGCCAUCAUGCAGAUCUUCGUCAAGACCCUCACCGGCAAGACCAUCACUCUCGAGGUCGAGUCCUCCGAUACCAUUGAUAACGUGAAGUCCAAGAUCCAGGACAAGGAGGGCAUUCCCCCCGAUCAGCAGCGUCUCAUUUUCGCUGGCAAGCAGCUUGAGGACGGCCGCACCCUCUCCGACUACAACAUCCAGAAGGAGUCUACUCUCCACUUGGUUCUCCGCCUUCGUGGUGGUAUGCAGAUCUUCGUCAAGACGCUCACUGGCAAGACCAUCACCCUUGAGGUCGAGUCUUCUGAUACCAUCGACAAUGUCAAGUCGAAGAUUCAGGAUAAGGAGGGCAUCCCCCCUGACCAGCAGCGUUUGAUCUUUGCUGGCAAGCAACUUGAGGAUGGCCGCACCCUGUCCGACUACAACAUUCAGAAGGAGUCCACACUCCAUUUGGUUCUUCGUCUUCGCGGUGGUAUGCAGAUUUUCGUCAAGACCCUUACAGGCAAGACGAUUACGCUCGAGGUUGAAUCUUCAGACACCAUUGACAACGUCAAGUCGAAGAUCCAAGAUAAGGAGGGCAUUCCUCCCGACCAGCAGCGCUUGAUCUUCGCCGGAAAGCAGCUUGAGGAUGGUCGUACCUUGUCGGAUUACAACAUUCAGAAGGAGUCAACUCUGCAUCUCGUCCUGCGUCUGCGUGGUGGUAUGCAGAUCUUCGUCAAGACGCUGACUGGAAAGACGAUUACAUUGGAAGUCGAGUCAUCUGACACGAUUGAUAAUGUGAAGUCCAAGAUCCAGGACAAGGAGGGUAUUCCCCCUGACCAGCAGCGUCUUAUCUUCGCUGGAAAGCAGCUGGAAGAUGGUCGCACUCUGAGCGAUUACAACAUCCAGAAGGAAUCAACCCUCCAUCUGGUCCUCCGUCUUCGUGGCGGCCAGUAAGGGACGGGUUGGCGAUGGGAAAGUUGCCUCAUUCGAGGCAGGGCGUUAAUGGACUACGAUUACGGCAGGACAAUGGUUCUGAAUGAUAUCUUCACAUAUUCCUAGAACUUAGCUAGGCACUCAUACGCUCAUGAAAGCGUCAAUACCAGACUUGAUUUCAGUCUCAGC